AUGGAAAAUUGGAAAGUAGUCAUGUUGGGUGAUGGUGGUAUUGGUAAAACUGCUUUGGCUAUUCAAUUUUCUAGCCAAUGUUUUAGUUAUGAUCCAAUUAUAGAAGACUUAUAUAGAAAGCACUUAACAAAAGACACUGCUGGACAGAAAGAGUAUGCAAAUUUGUAUGACCAAUGGGUUCGAGAGGGCCAGGGCUUUAUUCUGCAUCAAAAACCUAUCUUCAUGCUAGUAGCUAAUAAAUGUGAUUUGAUACAUAACUAUGAAGUCUCAUGUAGGGAGGACAUUGCGCUGGCCCAGAAAUUUGGGUGCAAAUUCUUGAAGACAUUUGCUAGGAUUGCAUAUAAUAUUGAGCCACUCUUCACCAACAUAGUGCAAGUCCUGCGGCCAACAAAACAGAUACUUGCUAUUGCCAAUAGUAUGAUGCUGAUGGAAAAUGCUGAAGAUUGUUAA